AUGACUCGCUCCUUCAAGAUUACAGUUCCCGCUUCAUCCGCGAAUAUCGGUCCAGGUUACGAUGUGCUUGGGAUCGGCCUUUCGUUGUUUCUAGAGUUGGAAGUGUCAAUUGAUCCCAAGCAAGCUCACGAGACAAAUGAGGAUGCCAACAACUGUAAGUUGAGUUAUACACCUGAGAGUGAGGGCUACGACUCAGUGCCCUUGCAGUCUGACGCCAAUUUGAUCACCAGAACGGCACUGUACGUUCUACGCUGCAACAAUAUAAGAAGUUUCCCAUGCGGGACCAAGGUGCGAGUGCAUAAUCCGAUCCCGCUGGGACGCGGUCUUGGCUCGUCGGGCGCAGCGGUGGUCGCCGGUGUGAUGCUUGGUUGCGAAGUUGGCAAAUUGAACUACUCGAAGCAAAGGAUGUUGGAUUACUGUUUGAUGAUCGAGCGCCAUCCAGACAACAUCACCGCCGCCAUGAUGGGUGGUUUCUGCGGCUCUUUCUUGCGAGACUUGACGCCACAGGAAGUCGAGAGACGUGAAAUUCCGCUAAGCGAAGUGUUGCCUGAGCCGAGCGGUGGCGAGGACACCGGAUUGAUCCCGCCAUUGCCACCUACCGACAUCGGCAGACAUGUCAAAUAUCAGUGGAACCCCAAGAUCAAGUGCAUUGCGAUCAUUCCAGCGUUCGAGCUCUCGACCGCAGACUCGAGAGGCGUGCUGCCAAAGGCCUACACCACGCCAGAUGUCGUCUUCAAUCUGCAGAGGCUUGCAGUCUUGACCACCGCAUUGACAAUGGAUCCUCCAAACCCUGACUUGAUCUACCCGGCAAUGCAAGACCGCGUGCACCAACCAUACAGAAAGACCUUGAUCCCGGGACUAACCGAGAUCCUGUCGAGCGUCACCCCCUCCACUUACCCAGGCUUGCUCGGCAUAUGUCUCUCUGGCGCUGGUCCCACGAUCCUUGCUGUCGCCACAGAGAACUUCGAAGACAUUGCCCUGGAGAUCAUCAACAGAUUUGCCAAGAAGAACGUCCAGUGCGCUUGGAAGCUGCUGGACCCUGCUUACGACGGCGCAACAGUCGAAGAACUUUAG